UUCCAGAUCAUAUUUUCAUUGUUGCAGCUCAUGACCAUGUGGCAUUGUAGCACAGAAGAGUUAACCAGUAUUGUAAAUCUUUAUUUAAAUGUUGGCAAAUAGAUUGUGACAGAGGUUUUUACAUAUUUCCGGGUUUUUCCAGGGUUACAACAACUGUUUGUGUCUUAGAUCUGAGCUCAUUCCUGCUGUAUAAACUCAUUCAGGCUGACAGUUCUUACUGUAAAUGUUUGUGCCGGUUUAAAAUCCCACGCUUUGUUUUGGCAUCUGGCUGCAAAACAAGACAGGUGUCUUUUUAAAGUAUUUGUCCAGUGUUUGACCGAGCUUUUCAGUACCAGGUAACACCAGAGAGCUGUUAAUGCACGCAGUGCACGCUGACAGCACUAAAGAGGUUUAAUGUGGGCAAGCAGAGAGCAAAAACAGCCUCAGAUCGUUGCCAUGUUCUGGCAGGCCACGGAAAAAUAGGCGUUGUUUUAUAUUUGUGACAGUGAAAUAAGCUUAGAAAAAUUGUGCAACCAAAGGAUGUGUGCUUUCUGCAGUUCAUGUGCGUUUAUCAUUCAGGGUUUAUACACACUCAGGCUUCAUAUGCAGGCGUGGAUGUCCGCAGAGAAGCGGCUCGCCAGGAGGCUGGUGCACUGAUUCUAUUUUCGAUCAUUUGAAUAGGCAAAUAUGUUACACUGCAAUGUUUUUGUUGUUGCCAUGUAUGCCUUUUUAAUAGGAUGCAACAUAUUCUGAAGUCCAACAAGCAGCAUUUAGGAUUCUCAGAGAUAGUGUUUUGUUUGUGGACAGCCUGUAUUUUCUCAGGCUUUGGAUUUUUAUCUGUUUCAGAGGAGGAGGACUGUUUCUCUUGCAGGAGAGCCUCACCCACAUAACUUUGGCAGUAAACAAGUUAGUUGAUUGGUUUUGCUUUAUAUACUGUGAUUUAAUAAGGAAAACACCAACGUAAGCCAGUCCGAGCAGCGUCGGUGGUACCAGUGCCAUGCUUUCCAUUGGUUCCUGUUUACAUGAUGCCCACAGGACACGCGGUGAUUGGUGGCUCCUCACACGUGACCAGGCAACUUUGUACAUUUGACAGGGAGUAGGAGGGUUUUGUGGAGAUCAGAAAAACGACAGCGCGAUAAAAAUUAGUAUUGUUGCACUUCACAAAUUAAUGACCAUGAGUUCCUACUUGAUAAACUCCAACUAUAUCGAGCCUUCCUUUCCUCCAUGCGACGAAUAUCAGCAGAGCGGAUACAUCCCCAACCCUGGAGAUUACUACGAGCGGCCAAAAGAUACGGGCUUCCCCCAUCACGACGAGCCAUCCUAUCCGAGGUCAAACUACACAGAAUCGGGAUACGAUUACGGUAACGUCCCCGCCACCGGACUCGACGAUUUCGGCGACGGGCACCACGCACAGCCGCAGCCGGUUCCACAAAGCCACGGUCCUCGCCUCACCGCGGCCCCAGACGGUGGCGCAGGGGCAAAUGCCAGCAAAGACUGCAGCCUCGCCGGUGAGGUUUAUCCCGGCGUAGCGAAGGGCAAGGAGCCGGUGGUCUAUCCUUGGAUGAAAAAGGUCCACGUUAACACCGUCAAUGCCAGUUACAAUGGAGGAGUGCCCAAGAGGUCCCGCACUGCCUACACCCGCCAGCAGGCUCUGGAGCUGGAGAAGGAGUUCCACUUCAACCGGUACCUGACUCGGCGCAGGCGGGUGGAGAUUGCGCACACCAUGUGCCUGUCCGAACGCCAAGUCAAGAUCUGGUUUCAGAACCGGAGGAUGAAGUGGAAAAAGGAGCACAAGCUGCCCAACACCAAGAUCCGCUCCUCCAGCUCGGCCUCGUCCUCAGCCUCGGGGGCCCAGCAGCAGCAGCAGCAGAUCAAAACAGGCCAGCAGCUCGUCCCCACGCCGUGCACCGCAGGUCUAUAGUGCAUGAACGAACCCCCUCCACCCCCCAAAAAAACCCAAUCCAGACUGAGAUGGCGAAUAACACAAGUGGAAUUUGAUGGACCGAUUCUCAGUAUUUUACACACAUGGUGUUAUCGCUUUCACCUUGCCUCUGCCAUUGGGCCCCUGUCACGUCCUUUGUGCCCUUUCCCUCUCCGGUCGCCCUCUUCAUAUAAGCUUGAAAUUCACCUUUAAUUGCCACGGUGGCAACUGAAGUGUUUAUAUAUUUGAUUAUUAUUAUGAAAGAAGGAUAACGCACAUUCAAACGUAGGACUUGGAGCAAAAUGUAUCAUUUCAGUUAAAAUUGAGUGAGGUGAAAGUAAGUUGGAACUCAUUUUUUUCUAUGUUCUCUUUGAUUGUUUUUUUUUUCUAUUAUUGCUCAUGGAAAGUUCUAAUAUACUUGAAAGAUAUUUAGCGAGACUCUAUAGAUGCCUGCUAGUAAACCAGACGGCUGUUAGAGAUAUGGCAUCAGUUAGAGUAGCAGUAUAGUUUGUGUGUUUGAGUGGGUUGGUUCACUGUUGAAUGUAGUCCAGGUGACUUUCACUUCUAAUGUACAUAGACAAAUCAUAACGAAGGCACAAUAAGGAAAGCGUUUCGUCGAGUAAGAUUCUGUUCGUUGGUGUUGUACGGUCUAGUUUUAUUUGUGCUAGUGCGUCCUAUGUUGUGCUGUGUUCUAAACUGUGAAUAUUUGUAUGUGUUGUCUCAGUAAUGACCGUUGUGAUGUAGGCUAGUGUAGGAUAAACUUGUCCUUGUGAAAUAAAUAUGUACUUCACUUAUAAGGCUGA